ACUGCUCUGCCAUGACCACGGCGCGGUACCGGCCCACGUGGGACCUGGCCCUCGACCCGCUGGUGUCAUGCAAGCUCUGCCUAGGGGAGUACCCGCUGGAGCAGAUGACGACCAUAACCCAGUGCCAGUGCAUCUUCUGUACUCUGUGCCUGAAACAGUAUGUGGAGCUCUUGAUCAAAGAAGGAUUAGAAACUGCAAUUAGCUGCCCGGAUGCUGCCUGCCCCAAGCAGGGCCACCUGCAGGAGAAUGAGAUUGAGUGCAUGGUCGCGGCUGAAAUUAUGCAAAGAUAUAAAAAGCUGCAAUUUGAAAGAGAGGUGCUCCUGGACCCUUGUCGGACGUGGUGCCCGGCAUCCACCUGCCAGGCCGUGUGCCAGCUUCAGGAGAUGGGGCUGCAGACCCCUCAGCUGGUGCAGUGCAAAGCAUGUGACCUGGAAUUCUGCUCGGCCUGCAGAGCCAGCUGGCAUCCCGGCCAAGGCUGCACAGAGACCAUGCCAAUCACCUUCCUGCCUGGGGAGACCAGUUCGGCCUUCAAACUGGAAGAGGACGAUGCGCCCAUCAAGCGCUGCCCCAAGUGCAAGGUGUACAUAGAACGGGACGAGGGCUGUGCACAGAUGAUGUGCAAGAACUGCAAGCACGCCUUCUGCUGGUACUGCCUCGAGUCCCUCGACGACGAUUUCCUCCUGAUCCACUACGAUAAAGGACCCUGCCGGAACAAGCUGGGCCACUCCAGGGCGUCUGUCAUCUGGCAUCGGACCCAGGUUGUGGGCAUUUUUGCCGGAUUCGGGCUCCUGCUCUUGGUGGCCUCACCCUUCCUGCUCUUGGCCACCCCAUUUGUGCUCUGCUGCAAGUGCAAAUGCAGUAAAGGUGACGAUGACCCGUUGCCCACCUAGAGGAAGGCACGAUGCUGGAACGAGACCUCUGCCUCCGGGAAGCGUGGCUCCCCUACCCCACCCUGCCGCCCCCCACUAAACAUCUUUCUUGCCUUAUGUGCCCCAUUGAGCUUCACAGUGUCACGCCAGAUGCCGUGAUUUCAGGGACUGAUGUCAGAAUGUGUGCCGAGGCCCCAGGUGCCAUUACCUGGGCAAGGGCCAGCGAGCCCCACGUGGGUAGGGCGUGUCCCCACAGAACUGGUCUCUGCACACGUGGUAAGGGAGGUGCUGUAGGAACCACAUCGGGCAGUUUUCUCCCUGUUGUGAUAGACUAGAAUCAUAGUCUGGUGGUUGCUGAAGGGACCUUCUCGGACACAGUGUUGCCCACCUUCUCCUUGGCUUCAAUUGGUGCCAUGUUACUAAGAGAAGAAAUCUCUUAAGGAUUACAGCUCACUUCAGACAGAAUCUGAUUAUUCUGACUUAAGAAAAGCACUCUGUUUAUGACAACUGUUUUUAUUACUAAUGGCAUUUAGUAAAUCCUUUUUGGAAGGCUUUUUUUCCCCCAACUGAGGAGUGAAAAAUCAACAAGGUGCACAUAAACCAUCCUAUGCCUUUCUCGAAAUGUGCAUUUUAAGAAGUUAUUGUUGACCAACUUUUCACGCUCACCCAGUGUUCAGGUGACUUAGAAGGGCCCAUGUGCUCUUUGCAGUUUUCUUGAAACUUGCAAUGACUCUUUGAACCCUGUGAGCUGUGUGCUCCUGUAAUGGUGGUUCUCACAUUGUGACAUUUCCCCGGACAUACUAGUGUGUUUAAAGGAGCAUAUCUAUCGUUAGCCUCACCAUUUGUCUUGUCUCCUUGGCAAUUCCACUCCACUCACAGGGCUUCUCUCUCCUCACCCAGGUGUCAGCAAAUAUUUUUUAUGUCUUCAGAAACCAAAUGUGUUCCUUGUAAGUCGUUCUGCUGGGAAUCACCAUGAUUUGGCAUCUCCCCUCGGUCUCCUCCAGUGGACAGUAGAAAGGGAACCAUGCUAUUGCUCCUCAGAGGCAGGGGCUCCUGGCAGGGCUGAGGGGAUCCCAGGAGCUGGGGGAGAUGCCUCCUGGAUGUUCACUUUUCUAAGUGGCUAAGUUACUGUGGAGAAAUGAUGCAUCUCACACAGUUCCACACCCUGUUUCUGACCGCUUUGCCCCUGCCGAACAACCUUCCAUUCCACUUAGUUGUCUUGGCGAGGGGAUUUCUACGGGCUGUGUGUAACUGCUGCACAGGAACCCAUAGUACACAUCACUCCAAUUGGAAGGUGGAGAAAGUGUAGUCUUCCCAGAGAGUUGACUCUAAGAUGGCUUUGAAAAUUACAUGUGUUUGCAAGGAGCAAACUGAUAGCAUUGAGCCUGGGACUUCUAAAAACAACAGGAAAACGCAGGUCUGUGAGAGCGAGACUUUAAAAAAUGUAUUAAGUGUUCUACAGAGGUUUAAAAUGAAAGAGAAAUCUGACUUCUAUCUCAGUUCUUUGCUUUUUGCAGACACAUUUGUAAAACGUGGGGGUUUUUCUAAGUUUGACUUGUACAUUGUGUAUCAGCCCCUCCUUUAUUUACUAACACUGGAUGGGUCAGGAAAAACAGGAUCAUUUCACUCUGCACCUGUAGUACUUAUUUUCUUUAUGAAAGUGAAGCCAUUUAGGAAACCAGACUGUGUCAAAAUCAUGCCCAAAAAAUUAUCCUUAUAAUUACAGUUUAAAAAUUCAGUAACUGAAUAUGAACAGGCCUGAGUCUGUCUUCUGAUUAAGCCUGGGCAGUGAGUCUCUGUAGUGGGGAGUUUGUGGGAGGGUCAGGGGGUUCGAUGUCUUUAUCUAGCCAGUGUCCUUUAAAAUGCCUAUCAGAGAAAGCAGGCUCAGGGCCCUGUUUCCAGUCGCCCACAGGGCAGGCCUUUCCCCCCUCCUGUCCGUCCUGCUGGGCAGGCGGCUGCCCACUGCACGUGACAUUGUCAUGUGGGGGUAACCCUUUCCCUUGGGGUGGGAACCAGAACCUUCAGAGGGAGCCAGGGUGCAUGCAGGGAGCCAGAGCCUGCACCCCGGGAUGGUGCUCAGAGCUCUUGGUUCCUAGUGCGUCUGGCCAUCCGUCUCUCCUGAAGAGUUCGUGAACCGAUCAUGCACGUCCAUAGCCCCUACCAUCCUGUGCCUCACCUCUGAUGUGCUUCACGCACACCUGGUUUGACCCAGGCAGAGACAACAGAGAUUCUGGGGCUGGCCGGGUCAGCAUAGCACCUGCUUACUCUGAGUUUUUGCAUCAGGCACGCCUGUUUGCUGUUUGAUUAGUAAUAACAAAGCUAAAACUGUCCAUUCCCUAGAAUGAUACCGGUAGGAUCCCGUUGAGAUCCUUACGUAAGCUUGCCUCUCUCACACCUGACUCCUCUCCUUUGGGUAAGGAUGUCACACCCGUUCUUCACAGCGCUGCGGAAUCAGCCAGGCCUGAUGCAAAAUAUAAACAAACGGGGGAAGAUGGCCCAUGUUCUGGAUUUUACCUUUGCUGGCAUUCUCCAGUAGAAUGUGGGGGGCUAUGCAUUUAAUAGGUGGGCUCAGUCCUGGUGUUCAGCACAGUUUGUCUUAAUUGAAAAUGACAUUCCCCUUUACAGAUGGUUAAAAUGCCGACCCCCGAGAAGCACACAUACCCUUGUUCGUUUAGAGGCCUUUACAUCCUGGGGAGCAGGGAAGGAGAUCCGCAGGCCUGGUGGUCUGCUGCUGUCGGGUUGGGGUGGCGGUGGGGGGCAGGUUGGCCUGGUGGUUUUACCAUCCCUUUGGGAGCUGAGCACAUUGGGAGGUUUUCCUGGGAGCGGCUGACCUCAGUCUGGCUCUGAUGUAUGUCCUGGAGCCCCGCCAGCCAGGCCUCGCAGUCGUCAGAAGGAGCAGAUGUGUUCCAGAAGGAGUCGCUGUAGAUGUUCACAUGGCAGAGACCGACUUGGGGUCUGAGCCGACACACUUAGCAUAAACAACACCUUCGAUUGCACAAAUUGCUGUCCAAAUCAGUUCUUCCUCAAACCCCAGGAGUAGCUGCAGAUGGAGGAACCCACAUCUGGCACCUCUGGCAUCAUUUUAAAGGAGAAAAAUUCUCCUCCUCACAGCAUCUAAUUCCUUAAACCUGGGUUAGAAACCCAGCUAUUUCCUAAUAAGAAUACAAGGAUCAUGGGAGGAGGCUGAUCAGAUAUGCAAAAACUAUUCCAAGAUGAGUGUCUUUUUCACCUCUGUUACAAAAGUCAAAAGUUAUUUAACAAAUUAGAAGAGAAAAUUUUCCCUUGUCUUCAAAAAUUGGGAUUGGAAAGAACCAGGAUGGGCCAUUUGUAUAUUUCUCAGAUUCUUGUUUAUUAAUAAAUACCCCUGUAUGUAUAUAUAAAUCACAUUGAAAUCAUCAAGGGGAAAACAUUUUGCAUGUAUAAAGCUUCUUGAAGGUCUCUUUAAAAAACACCAAAGCUUGUUUAUUCCUUAUAAUUAAUCCAAGCCCUUAUGAAAAUAAAUAAAACAAAGGGAUUAUGACUGGUAUUGCCAAAAACACCAAAAGGAACGCAGGGGCCUGCAGUGAAUUAUCGUAGCUAGGAGAGCAUGCCGGGUUGGUGUGUGAAGCCCCCUGGGCUCCAUCCUUCCUUUGGUUUGUCUAAUCCUGUCUUCCACAGUUCCAGGAGCCUUCAGUUAGGGGCGGGUACCUGCCACAUGCCUGACCUUUCCUUCAUUUUUUGCUCAUUUUACCAUGGGUGUAUUUUAAUCUUGUAUAAAAAUAUGCACGAAUGGGUCCAUAUCAGUUCUUCCUCAUGUGUACAUUAUGUAUUUGACAAGUGGUGGUAAAAACAAAAACAAAACAAAUUUGGUUUGUGUUUUUGAAAUAUCAGUACAUUCUGUGCCACUAACACUGUGAUGUAUAAAAGAGCUGUUUGAAUGCCUUUUGAUGUUGUGUUUUGUACUUUGGAAUCAUAUGGAAAAGUUUGAUUUGUAAUUUCAAUACAUAUUUUAAAUGUAUUGGGUCUUAUGUAGUUUGUCCUCCUGUAGAAGGGAUUUCUUUUUAAAGGUAUUUUGGCUGGAAUACAGGUUACUUUUGUAAA